UGUCACCCCCCACCUGGACCGCAACUCACCGCCGAGAUAGUUGAUAUCCAGGACAACCACAACUGCUACGACUAACUACCCCAUUGGCAAAAGUCAAUCGGCCAUGUCGAGGUUUCUUCGAGCCGCGACCCAUGCGGGCAAGACAGGCGUGGGCUUCAAUGUCCAGAUUGUGCUGCACAAGCUCACGAGCAGCGACCCUGACGCCAAGGAGCUCGAGAUGGUGUACCCCGUGGUCACUCGGGGCAGCCACAAGGUAAAGGGAACGCCGGCACCGAUCCUUUCGAGUCGCCAGGUUCACUGGACGGAGGAAACGCUGAGCUUCCACUGCACCAUGUACCGCACCAAGCAAGCCACGUUCCAGGCGAAAUCGUUCACGGUGGACGUGGUCAAAUCCAAGGGCGACGCUGUGCUGUGUACGUUCGAAGUCGACCUUGCGCAAUACACGUCCGAGAAGAACCACGGAAGCAACUCGUACAGUUUGGUGGUGCAGCCAAAGAAAGCGUGGGGCAACGGAUCGCUCAUGAUGUCGCUCGCAACGGCGUUGGAUACAGACAGACCAGUGACAGCUUCGUCGACGACUGCGUCUCGAACACAGCACGACCAAGGCGAUACUUCCGAGUGCGAACGGAGCAGCGUGGCCGAAAGCCCGCCCAAGCGACUGCCAAGUCAUAUCGUGUCGUCCCGGCGGAUGACAUUCCAAUCGACUUGUCAUGAGCCAGGCCACGACGACGAAUUAACGAGCAAUUCUCCCGUGGACGAGUCCGAGGCGUCGUCAGCCACGCCCAAUCAUCACGACGACGAUGUCCAAGCCCCGCCAUCGAGUGUGAGUUUUGCCGCUCAGAUCAUCAAGUACGACCGCGCCAACAAAGACCUGCAAGCCAAGUUGGAUGCUGCGCUUCUGCAGCUAUCUCAAGCUGCAAAACCACCAUCAGUCAGCGACGAAGACGUUGGCUAUCGAGCCAAGUACGACGCCCUAGCGGUUGCCCACGCCGCCGUGCAAGAUGAACUCGUGUCUGUGAAAGAGAAAAAGGCCAAGGCGGAGAAAGAAGUGGUGCUGCGGCGGACCGAGCUGCAAGCGGCCAUGGAGAGCAGUUCGCGAGUGAACGUGGUGCAGCUGGAGCGGAUUCGACACCUCACGAGUGUGAACGAAGAGCUCAAGGGAAAAGUGCAGGAGUACAUUCGAACCGCCGCGGAGUCAGCGCCUAUCGUUGCGCUUCGCCACGUGUCAUCUUGGAGCGAAGGCGUCGGACCGCAGGCUCUAGCCAAGCCGGUAGAUGCGGACUUGACGUACACACCCGUGGCUGCGUCCAACACUGUCGCAGCCGAGCUGCUGCGCCUCCAACAAGACAAGAAAGCGCUUGAAGAAAAGGCGACGAGAAUGCAGUGCGAUGUCGAAUCGUUGGAGAACCAACUGUUUGAACGAAGCUCCGAGCUGCAGCAGGUGCUGGAACUUCACGCGCACUGCAACCACUCGUUGUCACUGAAAGCCACGGAAUUGGCCAAGGCCCACGAAGAGAUUGUGCGGCUCCAAAUGCAACGAACUUCUGCUGCAACUAUCUCAGUCGACCACCAAGAUAACACGAGCGGAGAAGCGGACGCGCUCGUGGAAAUGCUGCAGCGAACCGUGGCUGAGCUCCAGGAAGAAGUGUCGAUUUUGCAGACCAAGAACAGUCAACUUCGCGACGCCAAGAGCAAGGUCGAGACGGAGCUGUGCAAGCGCGUGGCCGAGCUCAAACGCAGCCGAUCCACGAGCGCGACUUCCAUCUUCGACCAGGCCCAACAAGAGCAACUGUCGGCAGUCUCACAAGCCCAAGCCCAACGCAUUCGGGAGCUUGAAGCCCAGCUAGCCAAGACCACCGAGGCAGUUCCUCCGCCAUCGGCAGAAAUCGAAGUCGUGCGGAAUGUCCUGAGUUCAAGUUCGAGCGCGACAAGACCUAAUGACGACGACUUGCUCUCAAAACGACAAGCGUCCACGGUGUUCGAUGCAGAAGUGGGGUACCUAAAGCAACAAGUGCGCCAACUCAAGGACGAACACGAUCGAGUCCAGAACGAGCUCGCGGAAAAGACCGGCGAAUUGCAUCGGGCGCUGGACAUGCAUGCGCGCAUGCAACGAGACAGUGUCCAGCAGCUCAACCAAGCGGAAGCGCAGUUGGAAGCGGAGGGACAUCGGUUGCUUGUCCUGCAAGCGCAGAUCGAUUGUCUGAAACAAGAAAAAGACCAGUGGAUGGGCGAAAAAUACGCAUUGGAGAAAUCGGUGGCGGUCGAGUCGUCAGAGAAGCAACGCCAUCUCGAAGCAUUAGCAGCGCUCAAGGUGGUCAACGAAGAGGUGAUCGUGGCGCGCAUCGAAGAGGCCCACGCGCUGCACACGGCCGAGCUCACGUCUCUCAAGUCGGACAUGGCGGCAACGAUCGACGAAAACCAACAGCUACAGGCCGAGGUGAAGGCACUGCAAUCAAAGUCGUCGUGUGAACAUUCUGACACAAGUGCGUUGCGGGCUCAAAUUCAAGAGCUCAAGCAUGAUCUGCAGCAUAUGCAAUAUGAGCUGUCGGAGAAGGCCGCGGAAAUGGUCGAUUGGCAGCGACAGUACAGUAGCCAGGACCAACACGAGUCCGAGUUGCAAGUGCUCUUGGAUGAAAAGACUCAAGUGUGCUGUGGAUUGCAAACCCAGCUGGACGAAAGUCAAUUGGAGAUUCAAAAGCUCAAGCACAGAAUUGACCAGCAAGUGGAUGCCACGAAUGACGAAAUGGAGCAACUAUUGCAGCAACGCAACGACGAAUGGAUGGCCGCCAAGGACGAGCUGGCGAAAUGCACAUGGGAGUUGAACCAGCUAAAAGCGCAACAAGCCGACGAGAAAGCCAAAGGAGACGGUGGCGGCGGUGAAGAAGAAGGAAGUGAUGUGAAGCAAGUCGAAGAAGAGGUCAAGUUGGCCAAGGACCAACUGACGUCAUGCGAGCUCGAGUUGGAAUCGCUCAAAGUUGUAAACCGAGACUUGGAGGCAAAGGUUGUCGCCUUGGAGAAGCAACUGUCGGCGUCGACAUCGGUGGACGGUGGCAUCGACCAGUUGAAGAAAGAGAACGAGUACUUUCAGACGGAAUUGGUGCAAACCAAGAUGAAGCUGGCGCUGCUGCAAGAACAACACGAUGACUUGUCCAGCGAACACAAGAAAAUCGAGAAGGAGUGGCUGCUGCUCAAGAUUCAGUCGGCAGAGUCGGCCCUCAAAGCCAAGAAGAAGUAGCAGCCCUUUUUAUUUAACUUGGAUAAGCAAUAGCAACUUGUUCAAACAUGA